GGUUCGAGUGUGCUUGCAUGAAGAUUCGCCGGUCGCAGCGACAGAUGAUGUAGCUCCCGUUUCGUUUUAGCGUCCCUCACGAUCUUCGCGGGCUCCAAAAAGACUAGUAAUGCUCGCUCAUCCCGCUCAACGCGCGAGGUCAGCCUCGUGUUCCCUUAUGCCUGCUUACGAUAUAACAGCUGCGUCAUACCUCCGAAUUUGCGUGCUUGAUCAGCGUAGCGGAUGCUACACUGGUGCUUCUUCGAAACAGUAUCUCGUUUUGCAGGCGUAAACCAGUCAACCGUGCGGCAUGUGGAUGACUGGUUGGAUGGGAAGGGGGCCUGAAUGUGGUCUGAUAGUGCGAAGACAUAAAUGUGCACACAAGCCUCGAUAUCGACUUGUGCCUUCAAGGCUUUCAACGGCCUUCGCACAACAAAUUCCAUUGAGCGCAAUGUCCUCGCAUGGGCCGUCCACGUCUCCGAUCACGAAGGAGAAGCAACAGCGGCAGCUACAGCAAUCGCCGGAGCCUGCUUGCGGUCUCAAGGUACUCGAAGCGGCCGUCUACGCAGCGAACGCCUCCUCGCAAGCGGCUGCCGAAGCGCUGGAGGACAUUAGCAAGAUCGACUGCACGCUGCACAACGUAAGCGAUGGCAUCCAUAGCGUCCAACAGGGCAUUCACUCCGCCCAAGCUGCUCAGGCAGAGUUGGGGAGGCGAUGGGCGGACCAUGAAGCGCGCCUGAGCAGGUUGGAGGAGCAGAUGCAGAAGCUUUCGAUGAGAAAUGACGGAGAUCGGAUGCAGGAGAAGGACAAUGUGCGCGGAGCACAGCCCGAAACGUGCUCCCGCAAAGAUCAAGGAGCGCACGACUGCAAAGGCAAGCGUGAUGCAGCAACUGUGCCACGCCCUCGAACUGCAGAAGCUAGCCUGGGCGAUACGAAACCGUGCACAACGCCAUCAGGAAGCGUCUCUGAAGGAGCGCUGCCCGCUGUCAGACCAGCCAAAAGCUUCUGGAGGGAGCGAUACGCGGUUCGACAGCGGAAAGAGGGGAUUCCUGCGCCAAAGGACCUGCCAAGCGGCAGGGAGAGGCCCCGUGAACAGUAUCCUGAAAGGCUGUACGAUUGCUUUUGAAGGUGUCUGGAUGGGAAGGAAGGGCUCGGCGACACCAGCAGGCUUGUGCCUCUUGCCAUAUUCAGUGCAAACUAUCAAUCAAAGCACGCGCUUCUGCGUCCUCUGUGUUGCAUGUAUUGCGCUUGAGGUCACUACUGCUCAUUUAUCGUCAUAUCCUGUUAUCUCUUCCCGUUUUCGGUCCGGCACUAGGU